AGCACGACGUGGGAGCUGAGGCUGGCGGGCAGUCAGAUUAGAUAGCGGCGGCCGAGAAGAGGGAGGGAAAAGCGAGCGAGCGAGCCAGUGUAGACAAGUGCUGAGGCAUGCCCACGAUCGCAACUGCGACGGCAAGAGUGGACGACGGUUGCAAAUAGCCCUCCUCUGCUUUCUCGUUUGCUACCGGAGAUGGGGACCCGCGAAGCCUGCGUGAUGUAACGAGCGGGAGGUUUGCAAUGCCGCGAGAAUGACAAAGAUGACCUGAGUCGCCUUGUUCAAAUUGCUUCUUGACCAACACAUCGUUACCUGACUCUAUUCCACACUCCUCGUUGCACGCCUGGCUUAUACCAUCACGAUGUCAGUCCCACCCGCUGGUGCCGCUGCCAAGUCGCCCGCCCAGGCUGCCUUUACGGCAUACAUUGUACCCAGGACGGCUGCUCAUGUUCGCGACUUGGGCAUUGUCCUCGCCGCCGUUGUGGCCGCCUUCGCCAUCUGGCAUGCCCUGACCCUCCUUGAGGAGCGCUUCGAGCACAAGCGACUGCAGAGCAAGGAGACGGCCGCCACGCCGGCGCUGUUCCGAGUCAAGCGGGCCCUGACGGCAGCCACUCGCAAGCACUUCUCUUAUCGCACCCUCACCCUUCCCUUAGGACCGCUGUCGACGAGUAUCACCUUCACUGAGCUUGUGCUCCUCCUCGCCUACCUCCUGACCAUGCUCCUCCUCACCCUCACCCAAGCCCACCGAGCUCCAUCGCCCGGCCCGGGCAAGAGAGCCGGGUACGGCUGGUCCUCACGUGCAGGAUGGAUGGCUCUUGCCUCCUAUCCGUGGCUUGUCGUGCUCAGCAUGAAGUACAAUCCCAUCGCUUGGAUCACUGGAGCAUCCUACGAGAGGCUGCAGGUGCUGCAUCGUGGCUGUUCCAGGGUUACGCUGCUGGUCAUGCUGAUGCAUGUGGGGACAAAGGUCUGGCAGAACAAUACCUUCACCAUCGCAUGGCGGGUGUGGGGGCUCGUCGGAGCCGUCCUCGGCAUCUCCAUCUUUGCAUUGGGCAAUCGCCUCGUCAUGAGAGCUGCGUACCAGCUCUUCGUCCACGCGCACGUUGUGCUCGUCGCCGCCUUGUUUGUCGCUACAUGGCGGCACGUCGUCGAUAUGAAGGACACGAACAAGGAGUUCAAGCCUUAUCUCAUCGCUGCCAUCGUCUUCUGGAUCUUGGACCGAGUGCUCCGUCUGAUCUCGCUCAUCUACUUCAACGGCCUGCUCCCCUUCAACAAGUCUCGUACUACACCAGUGGCCGCCUGCAUGACCGUACACAACGACCGUCUCCUCCAGCUCACCGUGACAAAGCCCGAUCUGCCCCACUGGGAGCCAGGCGCGCACGUUUUCCUCAUGAGUCCUCCAGCCUCGCGCGCAAAGGGAGGAGUCAGUUUGGCACUGGAGUCACACCCAUUCACCAUCAUGUCUUUGCCCGUCCCGCGCUCGCAAGACAUCGCUGUCGAGAAGAACAACGACAACGCCGCAGGGAAACUCACCUUCCUCAUUCGCCCGCAACGGGGCUUCACCCGCCGCCUCUUCGAGCAAGCCAAACGCGGCGCUACAGCCGACCUACUCGUCUCUACGGCUCCUCUCUCUCCACCACGCCUGCACCCCGUCAUCGCUACUUGCGACACAAUCGUCCUCGCGGCGGCUGGAGUGGGGGUCAGCUGGACAACGCCCCUUCUCCUGGCUACGAUGCGUGCUGCGGUUGCUCAGCAGAGUAGGGUGCGUCGCCUCGUCUUCUUGUGGGUCGUGCAGAGCAAAGACGAGAUCAAAGUGCUCAGCGAGCAAGUUGGGGAAGCUUUAAAGCUGGCUACCGGUACUGCAGGGAGGGUCAAGCUGGAGGUGCGCAUCCAUGUCACGCGUGAAGAGGCAACGCAGGCAGACGUGCCAGCAGAGUGGGCAGCCAUAGCUGCUGAGAGCAAUGGCGAGAAGGACCUCCCUACCCCCGAGUCGGAGAAGCCUAUCCCUUCCACCUCAUCUUCACCCAUCACAGUCGCCCAAAGUCGCCCAGACAUGGAGAUCCUCCUUCUGUCCAUUGCAGGUGAGGCGCAAGGCCGUUUGUGGGUGGGCGUGUGCGGCCCUGGGGCGUUUGCGCAGGACGUCAAGAGGGCCGCGCGUAGGCUCAUUCGUCCCAUGGAUGUGCUGCGGGGUGACAGUGAUGGAAAGGGCGAUGUGAGCGUGCAUGCUGAGGUGUUCGGGUGGUGAUCUGUAGGGGGAAUAUCGGUGGUGAAUAGGGCGAUGGCAGGGGCCAGGGACCGAAAGCAGAGAGCGAGGGCAACAUCAUCG